CUCAGCAGAAAUAUAUUGAACUCAAUAGGUAAUCUUGGCAGUGCGGUCAAGGCGAGUGGUUCUGUUGUUCUGAGUCAGAAAAACAUAUGUGCAAACAUAAAUGUAGUGCAAAACUAAUUUCACUGUGUGUUCCUUAAAUACAAAAAAAAAAACAUGAAGAACUGUGUGAUAAUUUUGUGUGGAGUUCUUCUUUUGCAAAAUGCCUUAGGUCUAGAAUACAACAGGGGGCAGCGAUUUAAUUAUAAUUCCAAUACCGAUUUCUUGUUGCACGAAGCCGGCUCGCAACCAUCCGGAAAUCAAUCGCCUACAAAUCAAAAUGGAGGCAAAUCAAAUUAUGCUGCUCAAUUUCCAGCACUUGGUCCCCCAAGCUCAUCGCAAUCACAAACAAUUGCGUCCCAAAAUAUAAAUGCUGGGCGUCAAACCAAUGCCCAAUCGUCUAACGGAAAAAGGGACUAUGUCGCGCCACAGUACCCAACGGUUAAGCCAACUCAACAAAUUACCCAGCCCUCUGGAGGGAACAGUCCUAACGCAUGGCAAUUGCCAUCAAAUAAUCAAAAUGGUGGUAGGCCUAAUAAUGCUGCUCAAUUUCCGCCACUUGGUCCGUCAUCCACAUCACAAUCAUCUAAUAAUCAAAACUUUGGACCUCAACGUAAUUCUCAAUCAUCUAACGGAAAACGAGACUAUGUUGCUCCUCAAUAUACAACAGUAAAGCCAAUCCUACCAAGUAAUCCACCUACUGGAUCUGGAGGAAAGGUGAAAGAUCUCAUCAACUUCUAUGAUAGUAAAUCACCAAGCCAAGGGGGAACAUUUAGUUACAGUUCAAUUUUACAAGGUAAUAACAAAAAUGGACCAAAUCCAACAGCAACAGUGCCGUCAACACCUAUGACUUCAUCGGCCCAUACGCCAAAACCAUUUAGCUCUGUCGUGGCUGGUAACAAACCUAGCACGCUUUCUACAUUUACAACUCCUAUACCUACAACACGAAUGCCUAGUGCACCUACGUCUCGGCCAGGAACCCCUGUACUACCAAGCACGAUACUAAACAACAAUAGAGGAACCACAAACACGAACUCCAAUGGUGUGACUGAUGCUGAAUUAGAAGUGCUAAGUGAGGAGUUAUUAAGGAAAGAUACAAAUAAUGCUGCUAGAUACAUAACGAUCAACUAUCAAGAAAAGACUACUUCUCAAUCAAUGGAGGAUAAGGCACCGCUCCCAUUGAUUACCAUAGCGCCUGAAGUAUGGAACAUCCCAACGAUUCAGAAAUUCGUUCCAUUAUUAGAUAACUAUGAGAGAGACACAUUGGUAAAUGAACAUGUAACAGCUCAGGAGAGAACCGAGGAAAAUGCCUUUAUGGAUGCGGUAAUGUCUACGUCUGUGAUGAGGCACUUAAUGUUAUUUUUGAAAAAUAAAGGCUAUGUGACUCCAGACCCGAAGCAACAAAGAGACUUUCUUAAACAGAUAUGGUUUAGUUUAUACUCCCGGGGCAGAGGAAAAAUAAGCAGCUCCGGAUUCGAACAUGUAUUUGUAUCUGAACUGAAAAACGGUGGAGUUUCUGGUUUACAUAACUGGAUAUAUUUCUCCCGAGAAGAACUAGCAAACAGAGUUAAUUAUCUGGGAUAUUUGAAAUAUGAAUUACUUAACGAUAAAGGAGCUGUCAUGAAGAUCCAUUUUAAUCAACAAGGCGUGGACAAACCUGUGAACAGCCUGUUUGUUGGAACUUCACCGGAGUUGGAAAUGGCACUGUAUACUCUCUGCUAUGUGACACGCGUGGAUAACGACUGUAAACUAAAACUGGCCAACAAAGAAGUUAACAUUAUAACUUACAACUUCCGUUAUCGUAGCAAAAAUUUGAUAGGGAGCGCAUAUCCUCAAAUAUAAACAAGUCAAUAAUUACUUUAUUUUGUAAAUACCUUAGUAAGAUCAUAAUUUUAUAAAGGAAAAGCAUUUUAAAUACUCAACUUACUACUUCAUUUUCACUCCCCAUCCUCGUUUUCUUUAAACCAUAAUCAAAUAUUUUAAAAAAUGUAAAAUUAUCAUCGUUGAUUCACGG